AUGGAGGUCAAAGUAUUACUUGAGGACUUCAAUGCUGAUCUCACUUGCUCCAUCUGUCUGGGCUACUUCAGGGACCCAGUGACUGUCAACUGUGGGCACACUUUUUGCAGAAAGUGUCUCCUCCAGUGCAGUGAGGAAUCUGAUGCUACAUUAACCUGUCCAGAGUGCAGAGGAGUCAUUAGAUACAGUGAUCUAGUGCCCAACAAGAACCUGCAGAAUCUGUCCAUCACUGGCAAAGCUCUCCAGCAGAAUUCACUGCUGAGCACACUAUUUCUAACCAUCUGUGCUCAACAUGGAGAACAAGAGAAGCUCUUUUGUGAAAAAGACCAAAAACUAAUUUGUGAUUCCUGUUUACUAACCCAAGAGCACAAAGAUCACCAAGUCCUUCCCUUUCAAAUGUCUGCUGACAAGUACAAGGAAAAACUGCAGGGGACAUUGAAUAUCUUGCAAGAAAAGGUGGAGAAAUUUAAAAUGGCAUUGAACAAUGUGAGAAUUCAAGAGGCACAAUGCAAGAAGGAUUUUUUUGCUCUUCACUACUCAAUUAUAAGAGAAUAUGGUAAAAUGCACGAAUUCUUAUGGAAUGAAGAAUAUCAAUACUUCAACAGUCUAGAGCAGGAUUCAGAAAACAACCUGGCAAAUCUCAACAAAAAUGAGGUUAAAUUGACCCAACAAAUCCAACAUCUUCAACGAAUGAUAUUAGAAAUAGAGGAUAAUUUGGAGAAGGCCCCCUUGGAAAUGCUCCAGGAUAUGAAAGCCACCUUGAAAAAGAAUGAGGAACUGCUCAUUCAAGAGCCAGAGGUUGUUUCCCUUGAGUGGACCAGCCACCCCUUCAUUGGUUUAAGAGAAAUGCUCUUGACCUUUUCUAGAGCGAUUUCUGUGGAACGCGAACCAUUCAAUCUUUCUCUCAUCCUGCCUGAAGAUUUAAAGAAUGCCAAGAAUGGACAUGCCCCAGAAGACCUGGAAGCCCAGGAAGAAAGAUGUGACAAUGUGAUUAAGGUAUUGGGGACUCACAUGGUCACUUCAGGAAAAAACUAUUGGGAAGUAGAUGUUGGAGAUCAGACAGAGUGGUCAGUGGGAAUUUGUUAUGACUCAGUCAACACAAAUGGGAAAAUCUCUUUAUUAUCUGAAGAUGUAAAAGCCCUAGUAGGCUUAAAAUGUGGAAAGGAGUUUGUCCUCUGGAAUUCAGAAGAAGGUUUUCAU